AUGGGUGACGAGGAGGUUGCUGCACUUGUGGUGGACAACGGCAGCGGCAUGUGCAAGGCCGGCUUCGCCGGAGACGACGCCCCCCGCGCUGUCUUUCCUUCCAUUGUGGGCCGACCAAAGAUGCCGGGCAUCAUGGUUGGCAUGGACCAGAAAGAUAGCUACGUGGGUGACGAGGCACAGUCGAAGAGAGGCGUCCUGACCUUGAAGUAUCCCAUCGAGCACGGCAUUGUCACAAACUGGGACGACAUGGAGAAGAUCUGGCACCACACCUUCUACAACGAACUGCGCGUGGCACCCGAGGAGCAUCCGGUGCUCCUGACUGAAGCACCGCUGAAUCCAAAGGCGAACCGAGAACGCAUGACGCAGAUCAUGUUCGAGACCUUCAAUGUGCCUGCGAUGUACGUGGCCAUCCAGGCUGUCCUGUCACUUUACGCCUCUGGCCGCACCACCGGGAUCGUCAUGGACAGUGGCGAUGGCGUCUCCCACACUGUGCCAAUCUACGAGGGCUACGCGCUGCCCCAUGCAAUCCUACGCUUGGAUCUGGCCGGCCGCGACCUCACGGAAUACAUGAUGAAGAUCCUUACGGAGCGUGGCUACUCCUUCACCACCACGGCAGAGCGCGAGAUUGUGCGUGACGUCAAGGAGAAGCUGUGCUACAUCGCCUUGGAUUUCGACAGCGAGAUGAAAGCCUCCAGCGAAAGCAGCGACAAAGAGAAGACCUACGAGCUGCCUGAUGGCAACAUCAUCACCGUGGGAGCCGAGCGGUUCCGCUGCCCAGAGGUUCUCUUCCAGCCGAGCUUUGUGGGCAAAGAGGCCAGUGGCAUCCAUGACACCACCUUCCAGUCCAUCAUGAAGUGCGAUGUGGACAUUCGCAAGGAUCUCUACUCCAACGUUGUUUUGUCAGGAGGGACCACUAUGUUCCAGGGCAUUGGUGAGCGCAUGACCAAGGAGUUGACAGCACUGGCACCCUCCACAAUGAAAAUCAAAGUCGUGGCCCCGCCUGAGCGGAAGUACAGUGUCUGGAUUGGUGGCUCCAUCUUGUCCUCCCUGAGCACUUUCCAGCAGAUGUGGAUCUCGAAGGGAGAGUAUGACGAGUCUGGCCCAACCAUCGUCCAUCGAAAGUGCUUUUAG